UUUUGUUUACCAGCCGUCCUCUUCUUUGGGCGUCGCACCCAAUUGGCGAUGGAUGAAUCAGCUGUAUAGAGAUCUUUCGCCUCCAUUCUCGCUCCUUGGUGCAUCAUCUGUGAUCUGCGUUUGCAUCAGAUAUGGCUGGGACACGACUAGUUCAGGGCUCAACAGUGCCAACUGCUUUGUCUUCGUCGUUAUUAAUCUUACCGGGGAAUUCUCUUAAGUGCACUCCUUAUCUCCCGCCUAGAACUCAAACAAAAUUCAAGAGUAUAAGGGCUACGUCUGCUGAAGCAGGACAUGGUCAAUCACCAUCUAUUUCUGAAACGAAGAGUCCACUUGCAGUUAUUUUGGAUGUACCUCGUACUAUUUGGAAGAAAACAUUACGCCCAUUAAGUGAUUUUGGGUUUGGUCGUAGGAGUAUCUGGGAAGGUGGGGUUGGACUGUUUCUUUUGUCUGGUACAGUUCUAUUUGCACUCAGUUUGGCCUGGUUGAGGGGUUUUCAAAUACGAUCCAAAUUCAGGAAGUACACAGCUGUGUUUGAGUUUGCUCAGGCUUGUGGUUUAAGCACUGGAACUCCUGUGAGGAUUAGAGGAGUGACAGUCGGCAAUGUCAUUCGUGUGAAUCCUUCAUUAGAAAGUAUCGAAGCAGUUGUAGAGAUUGAAGAUGACAAAACAAUCAUACCCCGAAAUUCAUUAAUUGAAGUUAAUCAGUCUGGCCUUCUUAUGGAAACUUUGAUUGACAUUACUCCUCGAGACCCAGUACCAACACCAACAGCUGGACCUCUUGACCAAGAAUGUCAGAAAGAAGGUCUUAUUGUAUGUGAUCGAGAAAAGAUGAAGGGUUACCAAGGAGUCAGCUUAGAUGCAUUGGUUGGGAUAUUUACCCGUAUUGGACGAGAUGUUGAAGAAAUUGGCGUUUUUAAUACGUAUCUCCUUGCUGAACGAGUUUCUUCUGUCGUUGAAGAAGCAAGGCCACUUCUUACAAAGAUCAAAGCCAUGGCUGAAGACAUUCAACCUUUGUUGGCUGAAGUUCAUGAUAGUGGGCUGUUGAAAGAAGCUGAGAAUUUAACCCGAAGCCUUACACAAGCCUCUGAGGAUUUGAGAAGGGUUAACUCCUCCAUUAUGACCCCUGAGAACACGGAACUGAUUCAGAAAUCCAUUUACACUCUUAUUUUCACCCUGAAGAACAUUGAGAAUAUCAGCUCUGAUAUUCUUGGUUUUACUGGCGAUGAGACUACAAGAAAGAACCUGAAAAUACUUAUCAAGUCUCUGAGCAGAUUACUCUGAUGUUGAAUUCCAACUAAAUUAGAAUAUAUCAGGUGAUAAAUUUUCUACGGAGUUUUUCAUCAACCCCAACAAUUGAGCAGGACAAAGCAAUUAGUUGAGAUUUUCGGAGUGUUUUUACUAUACCUUAGUGCAGUAUGUUACCGCCCAGGUAGCUCUGUCCUGCUUAUAAAUCAUAUAUAAAUUAUGUUGGAUGAUGGUGAUUUUUAGUGGUUUAUCAUUCCCCAGCUAAAUUGCCUGUUGAAGAAGAAUGCUAUUACAGGUUUACAGCAUUCACAAGUCUUUCCAUGGUGUUUUUUCGGUUGUGUCAAAUUAGACAUAGUUUGGAUCAAUGCUUUCACAAGUUUCUUGAUGAAUCACCUGCUUAAUUCCAAGGA